AAAUGAGCAGAGUAUCUUUAUCUUUAUCUGAGACAUUCAAAGCGUAUCACGCAUACGCUAAACCUGAAGAAAACUUUCUUGUCUUCCAUGUUCAUUUUUCCCUUUCCAUUUCCGAACGGUUUCUUCUAUAUUUAUUUAUAUGUUCGUGAUUGAUGCUAUUGACAACAUACAACUAAGGGGAAAUACGAAUAGUAAUAGAUAGAUGUAUAAUUCAUUAUGCAAUUUUAUAGAAUUAAAUCUUAUUUAUCUUCAGAUAUAAAAACUAUAUUUACCAGCUGAAACACUAACGCAUAUGCAGUAUAAUAUAAUCUACUUAACAAUCUCGUUUUAGUUAUAAUAUGUGAUUAAUUCUUUUGCUAUUUCGCUAUAAACAGUUUCUUGUGCAUACAAUAUUUUUUUAUAGUAUUCUAAUAUAUUGUUAGAUAUUGUAAAGAAAGUAAAGUACAGUUAUUGAAGUUUGGGAACAUUCAAUGUUAACCUUGCUUCAAAAAAUAAUCUUUAGAAUGUAUGGGGAAUAGAUUUUUAGUAUUAUAGUUGGUAUAAUGUCAUCAUUGUUUACAAUGUGUUAGAGUUAAAGAAAUGAGACAAAUUAAUAUUUCAGAAGCAAAUUCAAUAUUUAAAUGAUGUUAUUUUAAAAUGGCAGAUGAUAUGAAUGUUCUUUUUAUACGAGGAAAUGGAAACGUAUGUAUGGUAAUGGAAACGUAAUGGUUUUAACAUUAUUUUAGUACAAGAUCUUAGCAUAAUAGUAAUUAACAGUAUCCACUACCUUUUAGUCAAUUUUUGAAAAAUGACAUAUAUGAUAAUUUGCAAUAGUUUGAUAAUAAAAUACUUGUAUCAAUAUUAAUAACGUAUAAUUUGCUAUCUCAAAAGGAUACAGACUCAGCCAAUGAUAAUGUUUGGGAUGAUAGUGCAUUAAUAGAAGCAUAUGAUAAAGCAAUAUAUUUAGCAAAAGAAGAAGUUAUCAAGCGAAUGGGAAUGGAUGUUGGAAAUUCUCAACCGAAAGAAAACCUACAAAAUCUUAAGCAGCCUAAACACGCAAGUAAAUUACACAAGAAAUGGAUCAUAGGAGCACCUUAUCGUGCAAUAUACUCAGAGGAUGGAGAAACUUAUGAAGCUAUAAUAUCAAAAAUUUACGAAAACAAUGGCACGUGUUGAAGUGGUUACCACUUCUAAGAAAACUCUACAUCUGGUCUUUUUUAGUUUUCUCAAGCACUGAAGCCAUCGACAGCGUGUAGACAAAAGACUGCGACGAAGUCAGGCCAUAAACAGUAGACAGGCGACGUUGGCUUCGGGGUUUUUCAGUUAUUAGGCUAUGGUAAUACACAGAAAGUCGAGUUGAGUUCUCUUUUAGAAUCAGAAGGUUUGCAAAGUCAAAUAGGACAACAAAAGAAAGCUUUGGAAGAGAAAUUCAAUGAAGAGAACGAUGAGACUUGUGAGACUAAUUUUUCUACAAAUGUAAAUUCGAAAAAAUAUAAUGUAGAAAAAAUGGAUUGUGACUCUGAAGAAGCAAAUGCGUAUAAACAUCACUUCAUACCGGGACCAUCUUUCAAUUCGAUGACUGAUAUAAUGCCACCUGCACCUCCUUUACCAUCACAAUUAAUGGCCAAAUUACCAGAUAAUGAUACAGACGCACUUUCAAGUAUGUUGAUGUCAUGGUAUAUUAGUGGUUGCAUGGUAUAUUACACAGGUUAUUACCAUGGUUUGAAACAAGCAAGAAACAAUCAAGAGAACAGGAAGAACUGUUGAUUAUAUCAAUUUUUUCAAUAACAAUAUAACAAUAAUAUAAGAUAUAAUAAAAUAUAAAACUCAUUGUAUUUAUUUACUUCAAUUAUUUGAAAUAAAGAACAGCUUUAUUUUCAUAUAAGA